AUGUCAUCUCCUGUGUCUUCAAAUAUAUUAUCACAUUCAUUACCACAUUCAGCACCUAGCUCAGUACCUACCGUUCAACACUACUCACGUCCGUUAUCCUCCACGUCUCCAAAAAAUCGACUAAUGUCAAUUCCUUCAGAACCAUCCCUAGCGAACCAUAGACGUAGAAUAUCAUGGACACCGUCUACGCAUAAAACCAAGCAUGCACAGUCAACUUCAUCUUUAGUACUUAUUUCCGAAUCCAAAUCUUCAACGGAGGCUGUAGUUACAUCAAAAUCAAGUGUGUCUCUCGACUCCUCAUUACCUUUUCCUUACGAGAAAAUUCAAAAGCGACAUACCUCACGUAAAAUAAGAGCGCUAUCGUACAACCGAUCCUACAACAGUCAACCAAGUCCAAUUGAAGAAACAAUAGAACCUAAUUUUAAAGAACAUUCUAAAACUAAUGCUAAUUCACCCAAUAAUUCUAUUUCUAGUUCAUCGCACCCUGGAGGUGUUUUUGGCUGGUUUAGGAAGCGAGUGUUAAAAGAUACGGGAAAGGGGUUGAAAUCUUUGAAGAACAGUAGUUCUAAACAGGAUUCCAUACUUGGGGAUGAAAAAUUUUUGGAUGAGAAAUAA